AAAAAAGCACCAGUGUGUUUCUGCUCUCUUUGAAUAGGGUUGGUGUUGAACCAGUGAUUGACGUGAGAAACUGGAGCAGGAUUCGUUGCGCUUUUGGAGACGCAGUUCAUCCUGCAUGGUGGCGCAGAAACUUCAUACAUGGCAGAGGCAGAGGAAAAGGGACUAUUUUUGAUCGGGAAAUACGUGUCUUCAACCUUGUUUUUUUGGACCUUUUGGAGUUUUAUAUUGCAUCUUCAUUCACCGAACAAUUGGAGUUAACGCAGCGUUAUUGGCCCGGCUAUAAAAAAUGACACACAAAUGAUGUUUAAUAUUUCUAUAGAUGGAGGUUUAUUCUCUAAAAACUUGGAGGACUUUGAUUCAAUUCGCAGUGUUCUUCUGUACAGUGACUUGGAACCAGAAUGGCUCGAUGACAUCCAGAAGAACGGAGAGCUUUUCUACCUGGAGCUAAGUGAGGGCGAAGAGGAGGCUGCACUGGCCCAAGCCAGCGCCAAUCAAGGUGUUGCCACCAAUCACGUCCACUUUAGCGAAAAAGAGGCCGAGAUCCUCACAGAGCAAAACAAGAAGCAGCGAUGCACCUCACGGGCGAAAGGCGAGCCCACGCUGAAAAGGCUAGCCAGGAUCCUGCGGAGAAAACGCUGGCCAUCUCAGCUCAAAGGCGGGGGAAAGGAUGGGAGUAAAGAGAACUCUGCUUUAUCGUCAGCUCCAGCCUCCAUCCUGAAGAACCAGCCAGUGCAAAGGCAGGGUGUGACAGUGCAGCAGCAGCAGCUGAAGGAAGUGUGUGUCUACCUCAACCCCAAACGUCUGGCAGGUUCUUCUACACCUCUCUCUGAAGGUGGAGGCCUGCUGGAGGCGCUGCUGGGCGUUGUGCAUCGGCCUUCCUGGACCCGAGGACUGGGAGACCCUUCAGAGGUCAAACAGGAGGACCGACUGACCAUUCAUGGAUUAAUUCCCAACAGCCCGGCCAUCAAAUGUGGACAAAUCCUGAUUGGUGAUGUGCUCGUGGCAGUGGACGAUGUGGACGUGACUUCGGAAAACAUCGAGAGGGUUCUGUCCUGCAUCCCAGGACCAACUCAGGUGAGGCUGCUGUUGGAGACGCUGGCUCCGCUGGACGACAGCAGCGCUGAGGACACUUCAUCAGUCCGUAAGAUGAAGGCCGCACCUCCAGUCAGCCAGCUGGUGCGUCUGCUGUGGGGGGAGGACACAGCCGAGCUUCAGAUGUCCAUCGGACACAUCCCACACAUCGUCAUGUACCUCUCGCUCAAACUGGACUCGGCGUCACCGCAGGACGAGGAAGAGAUCUUGUACCAGUACCCGGCGUCUGAAGCAUCGGGCCAGCUGAAAGGAGUGAGGGGGAUCUUCCUCACGCUGUGUGACAUGCUGGAGAACGUCACAGGAGGGCGGAUACUCAGCUCUUCUCUCCUGCUCGGGAAACAGCUGGUACAUGUGGGCUACUGGAAGGAAAGCAACAAUCUGCUAGUCAUCGGUCUUCCUGCAGAGAGAGUUCCUCUGUUGUAUCUGCAGACGGUGGUGGGAGACGUGGUCCGGACUCUAAAAGUUAUGUACGGCUCCUUGGACAGAGCAUUCUGUCAGGCGGACCGCGCCCCCAGGUUGGACCACUUCUUCUGCCUGUUCUUCCAGCAGCUCAUCCAGCCGUCUCGCCUGAGGGACGGCUCCUCAGCCCCGCCCACAGACGUCUCAGGGACCCUUUUUCUCGACGGACUGCCAGCGGUCCGAUGGCUCACACUGCCUCCAGAAAUCAAGAUGGAGGUGGACACUGUUCUCUCUGAUUUUGAGUCUUCAGAUUUUGGAGAAAUGUCUGAGGACUUCUUCGGCCUGAGGCGUCUGUAUGUAAUUCUCGGCUCCUGUUUGUUCUACAAGUCCUACCUGAUCGCCAACCACCUGCCCAAAGAAGACCUGCUGGAUGUGUGCCUGUACUGCCAGCACUACUGCCUGCUGCCUCUGGCCUCAGAGCAACGAGUGGGUCAGCUGGUCAUCUGGAGGGAGGUGUUUCCCCAGCAGAGAGUUAACCACAGCAGCAGCACCAGCCCAGGCUACAGCCAGCCUCAAGGACGCCACUUCCUCCUCAUAGUGGGGCUAAGGCACUUCAUGCAGUGUGUGCUGUUGGAGGCAGGCGGCUGUGCUUCCCCAGCUUUGGGCUCUCCAGGACCCGACUGUGUUUACGUGGAUCAGGUGAACCUUGUUGUAGGAGCCAUUUUGUGCCGUCGUUGGCAUGUGAAGGCCACCUUGCUGCAGCUGGAAGUGUUGGAGGCCGGUAUUGAGGAACGUCUGAAUGCCCCACCGGCUCCCUGCCUGUCCUGCGCCGACUGGUUCCUCCCCGCCGCAACGGCCCGUGACCGCCUGGACAGCCUGGCCUCUUCCUCCCCCGUCUUCAGCAAGCUCGCUGGGGCCGUCAAAGGCUCCUCCGCGGGGUCCAGGGGCCGCGCUCUGUUUGGAGAGAAGGCCCGGAGGUCCAGCCCGCAGAGGAGCCUGUCAGACAGUGGCAGUGAGGGACAGAUGGAUGCUGGGACAUCGAUGGCUCCAGGCCUCAGUCCACACUCUACACCUGACUCGGGGAGAAAGCUGGGGGGCCGUCGGGACUCCCUAGGGUCUGGAGGGUCUGAGGGGAGUGGAGGCAGUGGAGGCCUCUUUAAGAUUCCCAGGAUGAGGCACCCGAACCCAUUCUACCUGGGCACCCUAAAGAAGACCCUGACUGAAAGGGAGACAGAGGAGAUGUACAACACCAUGAAGCUGACAUCAGGUGCAGAGAACACCUUGUUCCACUACGUCCUGAUGGAAAGUGUUCAGGGGAUCUUCAUCGCUCCAACCCACAGGGAGGUGGCUCAGCUCAGCGGCUCCAUCCACCCUCAGCUCAUUCGUAACUUCCACCACUGCUGCCUCUCAAUACGGUCUGCGUUCCAGCAGAGCCUGCCGGCCAGGGGCCGCCGGGCUGCAGACCGGCCCCAGGGCUGGGGUCUCGGUCCAGUGAAGGAACAUGGGGUCCUGUUUCAGUGCAAACCUGAGAACUGGACCGACCAGAGGAAGCCUGCUCCCACCAUGACCUACUGGGUCAUAGGUCGGAUGUUGCUGGAGCCGGUCCCUCAGGAGUUCUACGUGUGUUUCCAUGACUCUGUGGCAGAGGUUCCCGUAGAGAUGGCCUUCAGACUCUCCUUUGGCCUGGCUUUGUGAUAGGAUCUGUGACCACGAUGGACACAAACUACAACUCAGGAAGACACGGUUCUAUUGGGGGAUUGUCUGCUAACUGGAUCCAACAAUGGGACUGUAUUUCAGAGAUGAUGUUCUGCAGAUAACAGCAGCGAUAAGCAAAUAGCCGCGAGUUCUAACCAGGUCAUGUUCUGUGUGUGUGUGUGUGUGUGUGUGUGUGUGUGUGUGUGUGUGUGUGUGUGUGUGUGUGUGUGUGUGUGUGUGUGUGUGUGUGUGUGUGUGUGAGAGAUAGAGAAGCCAAUCAAUGAAUACCUCAGACAAUGUCUAUUAGGAGCAGACGCCUUAAAGUUUACUAAGCUGGACUGAUUCAAACUAAGCUACUGCACACAUCUUCGUGUUGAAAGCUCAAAGGGUUGGAAUCACAAUCUUUACACAGUGUUGGGAAACAUGUCCAAGUGUUAUUUAAGAUGUACAGUUUUGUAUGGAAUGAAGUCAAUUAAAGAAGCAAUUCUCUUUUA